CUUUUCCUUGGAGCAGACUCGAUGGGCCGAAUGGCCUGCUUCUGCUCCCUUAUCUUGUGAUCUUGUGAAAUAUUUGGAGUAGGUUAAUGGCAAAAAGAAUCAAAGGGGAGUUGAUGGGUGGGUGUUUGCGAGAGCCGCAGGCUGAUAUGAAGGUGGGAAUGCAUUGGUAACAGUGAUAUCCAAUCCGCUUCUCCCAGCUGGGGCUCCCGCUGCACCGCAUUGUAAACAGGGCUAGUGCGCAUGCGCCGAGUCAUUCUCUCCCCCGCCACCACUCGUUGCGGUGACGUCACUAGUCGGGAUAAGGGGUUUGGGAAUAUUGGCGACAGUCUCAAUGUUUUUCUUCUCCAUACCUGCCCUUAUUUUUCUCCACUAGCCUUGCGUUCAAGCCUUGAAAGGAAAGGCACCUGAUGCCAGCGAAAGCACCGAACUAGUAAAAAAAAUCCGUCAACCAUGACCCAUCCGGCUCAUCGUUACCGGAGCCAAAUCGCGUUUGCUCAACGUCCGCCGUUUCCAUGGUAGUUGGGGGUGCGGACCUCAGCCCCCUGCUGAUUGGCGACUCGGAGCGGUACGUCACAGCUCGGGGGCUGGCGGCUCGGGGCGGUGGAGAAAUCUGAAGCCUUUCCUGCAGUUUCGUCAAGUGGACCUAACUAUAUGAGUUAUCAUGGCUUCAGAUGAACACAACGUGCCUGCAAUCGAACAUUCCUCCGGCUUGCUAGAAAAGAUGUCCUUGCCGAUUGGGAUGCACCGUAGGGCAUUCAGUUACGAUGAUGCCUUAGAAGAUUUGUCACCAAUGACUCCUCCACCUUCUGAUAUGGGAAGCAAUAUUUUGUGGAAGCAACCAGUUAUUCCUGAGCGGAAAUACCAACAAUUGUCUAUGAUGGAAGAUGGAGAAAAUGGUGUUCCAUCUUCAGUAGUUGCUCCAUCAUCAGGUGUAAACAUAAGCAAAGUUCAUGUGGUGAAAGCCAAAGCAACGUCUGUCAUUAUGAAGUCGCUUAUGACACAGCAGACGCAGGAAAGUAUACAACGGUUUGAGAAGCAGGCAGGUCUAACAGAUGCUGGUUACCAACCACACAAGGGCCUAGUUGCAGAAGAGGCCAGUUAUCACCGUGUAGGCGAGGCAUUACAGAAAUUCAAAGCACAGAGUGUGGACCUAAGUAAAGAAGAUAAGCAGAUAUCCUCCACUCAGUCGUCUCCCUGCGGAUCUCCACAAUCUUCACCAAUGCCAAAUCGCAGAUUGUUGUUUGGCCAUGGAGCAUCUUCUGAUUUGAGCAGUAGAAGUCUUGAAGGAGAUUCCACCACAUUAGUUAGUGAAACAACUACCACUGAAAAAUGGAAGCCUUUCAUGCGUUCACAGAAUUACAGAGGAAUUGAACCAGGUGGUUUUGCCAUUCAGAAGUACAAAGGCAUGCAAAAACCAUCACCAAUGGACAUCAUGCGUACUCAGGGGACUGUUGCUAAAAUUGCAGAAGAUCAUGCAAAUUUAAACCCACCCAAAAUGGAUCUAACCAUAUUAGAAAGACACAAACGCUCUGUUCGUAGUCAUCAUGUAGAACCCAGAGACCUAAAUGCUUUUGCUCCUACUGGAUUUUAAUAUAAACUGUAGUUAAGGUGCAUCAAAUGUGUGCCCUCCAUUCAAAUGCAUUAAGAUAUUAACUUGCUGGUCAUCUUAUGACACUUCAUUUUGUUGUAUCUGACUACAUCUACGUGUAGAAAUUUUAUUUUUAAACUGGGAGAAGAGAGAUUUGGAAGGAAAAAGGAAUUUGAAUUCUGUUGUAGAAUUAAAACCAGUAUGAAGAACUUGAACCCCACAAAUGCUUAUUUGCACCAACAAGGAUGUACUGAAAAUUUCUCUUAAUAUUUUCAGUUCUCAUCAGAAAGAACCUAAGCUUAACGGACUACCAAAGCCCAAGUUUUGACAUACAAUGCAUGCUGAGGUUUCUGGUUAUCCGAACUUAGAAGUUAGUAACUUAAAAUGGUAUUACAGCAUAAUGCACUUGUUUGUGUGAGGUAGAGAGAGAGAGAGACACUAAUAGGAUAACAGUGUUUACUAAUGUUGCCUGUGCGUAUCUAUCUAAUGUUAAAUAAACAUGAAUAUAAUUUUGUGACUUA